AAAAAAACAGUUUUUGGAAUCUGGACUUUUCGAUUCUUCGUCGGUUGUCUUGUGACGGGCACGUGUUGACACAACACGUUAAUUCUGAAAAGAGGUCGUUUUCUAUCACUUAAGUGAAACGUCGUCGUCGUCGUGUCCUCCGGGAGUUUGAGGAAAGGGUGCACGCCACAGGGCUUGUCCACAAUAAAGUGCUAUCGCCACCUCCUGGAGUGUGAUAAUAAUAACGUGGCGAUGAUGUGCAGUGUACCUUGCUUGCGUGUGCUGUGUUGUCUUUGAAUCUCGUGGUGCGUCGUGUAAGUGACGCCGCGGAAUACUGAGUGUAAGAAAAAUCGCCGACCACCCGGCGGCGGCGUGGUGGCGGGAGGGGACUUAAAUAAAUAAUUCGACGUCGUGGUUUUCUUUGUGCGCCAAGUUCCAAUUCCCACUUGACACUGGCCUGGCGCAAGUAAAGUGACGUCUCGUGUAAAACGUGAGUGGGGUAAAACGAAAAGAAUUGCUGAACAUAUACGCAACGCAACAACAACAGCUGUGAAAAUAAGGUAAUCGCAGGAGAUAAACAAAAAACAAAUUAAUUACCGCGCGUUGCUGCAUACACAAGGAAAUAGCAACCACACGUGUGAUCGUGAUUCGUGGACGCCGGAAGGCCGUGCAGCAACGAGAUAAUCACACGCACGCAACACACACAUACACAAUUUCGCCAUCAACAUUGGCUUCCGGUGGUUGAGCAAACGACGUGCGGCGCGCGAUGUCGUCCGAAAAGGUGCCGCCGAUAUCGCCAUCCAAAAGUCGCAGGCAAUUGCGUGAACGCAAACAGCGCAAGCUUUACUCGGAAGAGUGGAAUCUAGGCGACGAUGACUACGAAGGUGCCCGGGGGUUCAGCGUGGCCGAGAAGCUCGAGUCGCCCCGCUUCGCCCAGUCCGGCAUGGUGCGCGAGAUGAAGGGUGAAAAUCUGACAGUUGGAUUUCUGCAACAGAAUGGCUUCAAUAUACCGCUGCUGUUCAAGGAGAAAACCGCCCUAGGGCUGCAGGUACCGUCGGCCAACUUUACCAUCGGCGACGUGCGGACGUGCGUGGGCUCCCGGCGCGUCCUGGACGUGAUGGACGUGAACACGCAGAAGAACGUCGAGAUGACGAUGAAGGAGUGGGAGAAGUACUACGAGGACCCGGUGAAAAAGAAGCUGCUGAAUGUGAUCUCGCUCGAGUUUUCGCACACGCGGCUCGAAAACUACGUCCAGAGCCCGGCGAUCGUGCGACAGAUCGAUUGGGUGGACGUGGUGUGGCCGAAGCAGCUGAAGGAGUCGCAGGUCGAGUCGACCAACCUGUUGAACGACAUGAUGUACCCGAAGGUGCAGAAGUACUGCCUGAUGUCGGUGAAAAAUUGCUACACCGAUUUUCACGUCGACUUCGGUGGCACCUCCGUCUGGUAUCACAUUCUGCGCGGCAGCAAAGUGUUCUGGUUGAUCCCGCCGACCGAGAAAAACCUACAGCUGUACGAAAAGUGGGUGCUGUCGGGCAAGCAGUCGGACGUGUUCUUCGGCGAUACGGUGGAGAAGUGCGCCCGCGUCUACCUGACCGCCGGCAACACUUUCUUCAUUCCGACCGGCUGGAUCCACGCGGUCUACACGCCGACGGACUCGCUCGUGUUCGGCGGCAACUUCCUGCACUCGUUCGGCAUCGUGAAGCAGCUGAAGAUCGCGCAGGUCGAAGACAAUACGAAGGUGCCGCAAAAGUUUCGCUAUCCGUUCUUCACCGAGAUGCUGUGGUACGUGUUGGCGAAGUACGUCUACACGUUGCUCGGACACUCGCAUCUUGUGGGCGAACCGGGCCGGGAGCACGAGCUUGUCGGAAAGUCGCACGUACACCUCACGCACUACGAGCUGUUCGGGCUGAAGGACAUCGUGAUGUACCUGUACGAUCUGCCGGCACAGAAGAAAAACGUGCCCGAGCUCAUCAAGGAUCCGGUGGCGUUGAUCAAGGAUGUGCGAACUCUCGUCGAGCGACACUGCAAGGACAUUCCGGAGUUAGCAAUCACCGGCGUGCCGGUGCUGCAUCCAGACCUCAACGUGAGCAACAAUUCGUACAUCCGCGAGCAUUACGAGUACUACUCGGGUGACGGUGGGGGUGGUGGUGGAGGGAAUAGAACCUCCACGGAUAACGAGGGCGGUGCUGGACACGAUCAGGACGAGCGUGAUGGAGAUGAGGAGGAUGAGCUACGCGAGCGAAGGCUUCAUGAAGGAGGAAAGAAUGGCACCGACCACACGGAAGAUGGGGCACAGCAUUCGCCACAACAACACCGUCAGAUUAUUGUGAAAAAUGACGCUAGUUCCACAGGCCCUCAAGUAUUCGAAGCAAGUAACGCACAAGAGCAACAGCAGCAAACACAAGAGCAGCAAAAUCAUUCCCCAAAUAGUCACAUUCAGCUCGCAUCAGUGCACCGGAAGGACGGCGCUUCGAACGAAGUACGUUCGGUAAUGGGGGAGCAAGAUGUGCACUCCGCUCCCCGGUCACCUCCGAUCGGCAGCUCGAACGGAGGAACGACGAUGGGUCCACCGGCACGCCUCGGUCACCAUCAGUACAAUGCGGACGACGAUCGGAACUUCGUUUCACCGCAGCCGACGAGCGGAAAUCGACUUCCUUCCAGUGGCACCGGUGGUCGAGGGCCGUACAAGAAGCACGGCUUGGCGGCCAGCAGUGGUGGUGGUGGUGGUGGUGGGCACGGUGGACAUAGUGGUGGUGAUAAGCGGGACGGUGGUGGUGGUGGUGGUGGUGGCAAUGGACCGCGACGGCGUCGGACACGAUGCAAGAACUGUGAAGCCUGUCAGCGGUCCGAUUGCGGCGAGUGUAGUUUCUGCCUCGACAUGGUGAAGUUCGGGGGACCGGGUCGGGCGAAGCAAACGUGCAUGAUGCGCCAGUGUCUGCAGCCGAUGUUACCGGUCACCGCGCAGUGCAUUCACUGCAAUUUGGACGGCUGGCGGCAGGCACCAAUCACCGCCCCGGCGCAGGCUAAGCUGCAAGCCCAGCUACAGGAAGGCCCGUCGGCGCUAAUGGAGUGUUCCGUGUGUUACGAAAUUUCGCAUCCAGACUGCGCCCAAAGGGCUGCCGGUGGCCCAGCGGAUAUACACGGCAUCGUGAACGAUGAUCUACCAAACAGCUGGGAGUGUCCCACGUGUUGCAAGUCGGGCAAAAAUACUGACUAUCGGCCACGCCAUUUCCGGGCACGCCAGAAAUCGUCCGACAUUCGCCGAAUGUCGGUCAGCAGUGACGCGUCCUCCGUACACAACGUGGACCUCGGCCGGAUAGGAGGAGGAGGAGGUGGAAGCGCAGGCGUUGCUAGUGGGGGCGGCCAUGGAAGUGGCGGCGAAGGAGGAGGAGAUACAGUGAUUUCUGGAGCGAAUGUACCGGCGCCCCGAGCGCCUCGGUUCCAGGACGACAUGUUGUAUGCUUUUGCCGUAUCCGGCAGUGCGGUGAUCGUCGGCGGAAAUGGUGGCAAUAUACUGUUUGAACGCAAACCCAAGAUCAAGGACGAGGACAUCUCGAGCGGCUCCGAGAACGAUGCGAUCGGGAAGAAAAUGAUGACCGGUGGGCCAACGGGGGGCACCAUGAUGAAAGUGGAAGUCAAAGACGAACCGCUAGACCAGAACCAUCAUCACCUUCAGCAUCAACACCAUCAUCAGGCGACGAGCGUCAUUAAGGACGGCCGGGAAGUGCAACAGCAGCACCAGCAGCAGCAGCAACAGCAACAGGGUACGGUUGUUGGUGGCACAGGUACCGGGGUAGUCCCGAUAAAACGCAGGAAGAGCGAAGAGGGAGGUGCCAUUCCAGUGAACAAUCACAACAGCACGCAAUCGACCACGGCAGAAGGAGGUAGUGGGGGUGGAGGUGGUGGCGGCGGUGGCGGACACGAGUCCAAGAACAAUCACACCAGCAGCUCGCUGCCACGCAAAAAAUCCUCCCAGCGGAUGCAGUUGGCGCACCAGAUCCACAGUACGUCGACAAAGCCGAUGAAAAAGCCGCUCUAUCCGAUUCGGCCCGCCUCGACGGCACACUCGGGCGCGAUGGCGCAACCGGGCAACUACGCGCUCGACGCGACUUGCAUGCUGGCCGUAUUCCGCUACCUGCCCCCGGAAACGCUCGUCACCUGCACGAUGGUGUGCAAAACUUGGUCCAACAUUGCCGUCGAUCCGUCGCUUUGGCGGCGCAUGAACUGCACCGAGUACAAGCUCUCACCCAACCUGCUGUCCGCGAUUGUACGCCGCCAGCCGGAGCAUCUGAUCAUGGACUGGAUUGCGCUCGGUAAGCGACAGGUCACGUGGUUGAUCUCGCGCAUUCCCGGCCUGAAGAAUCUCUCCCUGCAAGGCACGCACAUUCAGGCCGUGCUGGGACUGCACACCUGCAUGUGUCCACCGCUGCAGGUGCUCGACCUUAGCUUCAUCGCCGGGUUGAACGAUUUCGCCAUCCGUGAGAUCCUCUCGCCACCGAAGGACUCUCGACCCGGGCUGGCAGACUCCAAAUCGCGCCUGCGUAACCUCAAGAUGCUGAAGGUGGCCGGGGCAGACAUUUCGGACGUUGCGCUGCGCUACAUCACCCAGGGGCUGCCCAACCUGACGCACCUCGAUCUGAGCUCGUGCCAGCGCAUCACCGAUGCGGCUAUUGCACAGAUCGGCACCUCGCAGGCCGCAAUCAUGACGUUGAUCGAGCUCGAUCUGAGCUGCUGCAAACUUAUAACCGAGUCAUCGCUUGCGCAUCUGGCCACCUGUAAAGCCCUGACGCGGCUCGAUCUCAGCCACGUGCCGCAGGUGUCCACGCAGGCGGUCAUCAAGUUCGCCACCGAGUCCAAAAAUAAUCUCCAGCUGCACGGCAUCAAGCUGGUGGACAAGCGGAAACCACCGCCACCGCCACCGGCUCAGCAACAGCAGGAGCAGCAAAAGAAGGAUCAGCAAUCGGCGUGUUAAGUAACUUCGGGCGAACAAUAACGUACAAGGCUAGGCUGCACGGUAAUGUAUUUCCAGAGUUUAUUUUCAUUAUUGGAAAGGUUGAGGUGUGUUCAGACUACCCUAACAAAAAUCUCCCAAUCUCUCGGCAAUGGCAAUCGGGCGCGCGCUUAAUCGUAAAACAGAAACCCCACGGAUGGUUGGUGGGUGGUGAGACGCGGCGCGGCGGGUGUCAACAAUUCGUAAACAAACCAAAGACUAAUUUUUAAGUUAACCAUUUAAUUUUAACCGUCGGCGGUAAUAACUUUUCCAGCAGCAACUUUCUCACCCCAUUCUGAUUCGGUGGGAGCACAAAAGGACGAAAUGAAAUAAAAAAAAAACACUGCAAUCCAAUUCUUUAACCCAUACGCUUGGGCGUAAGCAUCAAACCACACACAGCACCAGCAGUAGCGAAGUCAUCAUCGGUACUUAGUGUCGCAGAUUAGAUAGAUUUAGAAUGUGAUCGUGCGUCGUGUGCAUAGGUUUAGAGCAACUAGUUCUACUUAUUGUCAAGUGCUUGGUGAAGUAGUUUUGUAAAUUGUAUAAACAUCUUCAGGAACAGAGCGCAACAGUUAUGUGACGUAUCACGUACAUAUGUCAUGAAGACGACAGGGUGUAUACGAAGAAGUUAUCCUGAGUUAUAUGUUCAUUCUUGAAACCUCAUCAUCCUCUCACUCGUUGCUUUCAUAACAGUGAUAAGAUAAUUUUUUUUAUACUUGGAAGAUGGUCAAUGGCGAACUCAAUUUUGAUCAUUUCUUUGUGCCGAAAUGUGUUUCUUUACCAUAAUUUUAUCCACUAUCCGUUCCUUUUUAAAACGAUAGUUUUAAGUCGUAUCUUCCUGUAUCAUAUCUCGUUCCGUUUCUUGUGCCGAAGUAGAAUUCCACAAUUUGUCCACAAACAAAAUCACAUGUAGACGUAAUGAGGAAAGGCAAUACGAAAGUAUAAACCAUGGCGAUGGCCUAUGGGAAUGAGUUGAAAAGUUGGUGUGUGAUAAUCGAUUUUGAUUUCUGGAGGUCAUUUGUUGUUUUUUUAAAUUCAUCAAAUCGACCCCAUGAUUUGCUCCUCUUCGCUUCCUUCGUGUAUAAUAAAAUUUGGCAUUUAAUUUUUUUUUU